GUUUUGGUAGACGCUCAGGGACGUCUUCAUCACCCCCAUUUUUCAUUCGCCGUCCCCCAUCGUGGCCGCAAUGAAUGUUCUGACGCAGUCUCCAGACAGCUGGAACCCAAUCAACCCUCCGCUGACGGGUAACGAUGACCGCGCGGUCCACUGCCCAACGCCCGAGGUGUACAACAUGUGGGUUGCGAAUUUGAACAAGCAACUUUUGAACAAGCAACUUUUGAACGCGACCACGCCUCGCAAUCUGUUUGGUCCGAACGGACACGCGGGUCUCAACUUCAACCCCCCGGUUCCGAUGGAAAGCGACGCGCAGCAACUCCUUUCGACCUUGUCGCAGUUCCAUUGCCACCUCGGUACCGUUCAAUUCAGCUCCGGGAUUGACAACAUGUUCUCGUCCGAUGGAAAAACCGCCCUCGAUUGCGCCGCCGUUCUUGUCGAUACCCACCGGAUCUCUGCGGUUGACACGCUGUCGAAUGGGCAUCCGGCCCCAACAGUAGAACUCCUCAUGUCGAACCUCUACGACUACGAAGAGGCGAAGAAGAAGGACAUCGUGUUCAAGCACGGCGCCAAAACGGGCACAACCUUGAGCCACAACUCGACCCCCCUCGCGGCCAGCCGCAUCGAGACGCGCGACGGCCGUUGCUACCACUCGACCAACCGCACUGCCCUGAGCGCGCUUCGCUUGAAACCGCGCUUCUCCUGGGAGGGCGACUCGGGCGCCUUGAUCUAUGGCCCCUGCGGCGAGAAGGUAGGUAUGCUUGUUGCAGGCGUGCGUGGGGAUACGACAGGGAUCCGAUACGACUCGGUGAAGGGCGAGUACGAGGUGGAUCCGCUUGGAUCGAUCCAGCUGAGCAGUCUGACGCUAUACACGCCCAUUGAGGAGGUCAUGCGCAGCAUCAAGGCGCGCGUGGCUCGGCUUGUUCCGGGCGAGCAUAAGAUCGAGCUUGUUUGAUGGCUUGCGCAAGUACACGCGGGAACCGGACCGGGGAACUGGCGAUGAUGGAGAGCUUGGAUGGUGGCUGGAACAGUUGCCUACCUGUCCGGGCGGCCUGCCAGUUGUCC